CCCUCGCCUAUUGCUCUUCAUUCGGAGUCCAGACGCUGUACUGCUCCUGUGUAGUAGCCGAACUCUGGAUACAUCCCUGCUGCCAUCAUGAAGACCUACAGUCAGGUCUCUGUUUUUGUCUUAUUGGUUGCGAUCGCGCACACGACACAAGGAUCUUCCUUUUCACCACCCGGUCGACUUCCGGGCUGGGAACCUCCAUGCGUACCACAAGAGUGCCCACCGUGCCCAUAUGAUGAUGAGUGUCCGAAGUGCGAGGAAUUACCGGCGUGUGAGGAGUGCCCCGAUAUUCAUAUAGGAUGUGACUGCCCUUUCUACCACAGCUGCUUAUGUCGGCAGCCUGUGUGUGAGCCGUGCGAAAGUCCCAUCGCCGAGUUGAUCAAAAAGGGAGGCUAUAAAGGAUAAAGAAGCGAGAACGAAGGCACAACAUCCCUUCACAAACGUCACUGAACUGAAAGGAGAGAGAGAGAGAGAGAGAGAGAGAGAGAGAGAGAGAGAGAGAGACGUUAAAUAGUAAAUAAGAUGGGAAAAAGGAGAUAAGUUUCCAAAAAUCGUGCAAGGAAGAACAAAAAACUUCGACGCUCAAUGGUUCUUCUAUAACGAUUCCUCACUAUAUAAGUUGAUGGUCCAUCGCUGCAAGACCUAGUCUCGGAUCUAGCCAUAGUACUCAUGAUGGUAAUUCUGUAAUUAAUGUUCAGUUGGUGGUUCUGCAUUCUCGUUUUAUUGAUUUUUUUGUGUGUGCGGCUGUUCCAAGUGUUCUAUAAGUAUUCUUAAUAUUUGUAUAUGCCAUUUUGACUAUGUGCGAAUGUAUUAUCUGUGUUAAUAAAACAGAUUUUCGCUGAAAAAUAUAA